CGUCUCCUCAGCAGCCGGCGCCGCCGCGCGGGCGGGUGUCAGUGCCACGGUGUCUGUCGGGGAGGGAGAGCAGGAGGCUGCCUGGCUGCGCCCCUAGCCCGAUCCCCGCGGCCAGGCGCCCCGCAUGCAGCCCUCACCCUGGAGCGGAGGCGGCGGAUCGAGGAGCUCUCGCGAUCCUCCCGGCAGCGGCUGCUCCAGUCCAGGGACAGGAUGUUCUCCAAGCUCACCUCCAUCCUGCAGCACGCCGUGGAGGCGCUUGCACCAUCCCUUCCGUUACAAGAAGAUUUUGUUUACCACUGGAAAGCAAUUACCCAUUAUUACAUAGAGACCUCAGAUGACAAAGCUCCUGUGACUGAUACCAACAUUCCUUCUCACCUGGAGCAGAUGUUGGAUAUUCUAGUUCAAGAAGAAAAUGAGAGGGAAUCGGGAGAGACAGGGCCUUGUAUGGAAUAUUUGCUACAUCACAAGAUCUUGGAGACAUUGUACACACUAGGGAAAGCUGAUUGUCCUCCCGGAAUGAAACAGCAAGUUUUGUCUUUCUAUACCAAACUUCUAGGAAGAAUUCGACAACCUCUUCUCCCACAUAUAAAUGUAUAUAAACCAGUGCAGAAAUUAAUCAGACUUUGCGGUGAAGUUCUAACAGCACCAACAGAAAAUGAAGAAAUUCAGUUUCUCUGCAUAGUAUGUGCAAAGCUGAAACAGGAUCCAUACCUGGUCAACUUCUUUCUUGAGAACAAGUUAAAAGCAUUGGCUUCCAAAGGAUCAGCAAGUGUAAUUACAGAAGACAUGCUAAAAGGCCAGGAUUCGUUGGUGACAGACAUUGGGCAGUCCGUUCAACCUGAAGAAAUAUCUAAUGCUGCUGGAGCGGAGCAAGUAGAGAAGGAAGAUGAUCUAUCCACAAGUCUGGAUGAACUAAAUGUCACUUCAUCACCUGAGGCCUCAGCUAUUCGUCUAAACCAAGACUAUAAUUUAGUGAAUUCUUUGCUAAAUCUCACAAAAAGCCCAGAUGGUCGAAUAGCAGUAAAGGCAUGUGAAGGCCUCAUGCUCUUAGUGAGUUUGCCAGAGCCAGCAGCAGCCAAGUGCUUGACUCAGAGCACUUGCUUAUGUGAAUUGCUGACGGACAGGCUCACCACACUCUACAAAGCCCUGCCUCUGUCCGUGGAUCCAUUAGAUAUUGAAUCGGUUGAAGCAAUUAACUGGGGUUUGGAUUCAUAUAGCCACAAAGAAGAUGCAUCUGCUUUUCCAGGGAAAAGAGCCUUGAUUUCAUUUCUCUCCUGGUUUGACUACUGUGAUCAACUUAUUAAAGAAGCACAAAAGACUACUGCUGUUGCUAUGGCAAGAUCUGUACGGGAACGAUUUUUUGUUGGUGUCAUGGAACCCCAGCUGAUGCAAACUUCAGAGAUUGGGAUCCUUACAUCAACAGCACUGUUGCAUCGUAUUGUCCGUCAAGUCACUUCAGAUGUGUUGCUGCAAGAAAUGGUUGGCUUUAUACUUGGAGGACACAGAGAGCCAGAAACCCUGACAGAUAUCAACAGACAUCCAUUGCGAUACAGGUUAAUCGAGCACUGUGACCAUAUUUCUGAUGAGAUCAGCAUAAUGACUUUAAGAAUGUUUGAGCACCUUUUACAAAAACCUAAUGAGCACAUUCUUUACAACUUGGUUCUAAGAAAUUUAGAAGAAAGAAACUACACAGAAUAUAAACCACCCUGUCAGGAAGAUAAAGAUGUGGUGGAGAAUGGACAGAUAGCAGGAGCAGUAGACCUGGAAGAAGAUCCGUUAUUUACUGAUCUUUCUCCGGAUAACACAUUGUCGAAUCAAGAGUGGCUAAGUGCUUCUCCUCCCAUCAGCCCAGAACAUCCAAAAAACGAUGGGAAGACUGAAGUUCAUAAAAUUGUAAAUAGCUUUCUCUGUCUAGUACCUGAAGAAGCCAAAUCAUCAUACCAUGUAGAGGGCACAGGUUAUGAUACCUAUCUCAGAGACGCCCACAGACAAUUCCGGGAUUAUUGUGCAAUCUGUUUACGAUGGGAAUGGCCGGGGUCUCCCAAAUCUUUGGAAAAGUGCAAUUUAGAAGCAUCGUUUUUUGAAGGACAUUUCUUGAAAAUUCUGUUUGACAGAAUGGGCAGGAUUCUCGAUCAGCCAUACGAUGUAAAUUUACAAGUUACAUCAGUGUUGUCCAAACUCUCCCUGUUUCCCCAUCCACACAUCCAUGAAUACCUUUUGGAUCCCUAUGUAAAUCUGGCUUCAGGCUGUCGAUCUCUAUUCUCCGUUAUUGUCAGGGUUGUUGGAGAUCUUAUGGUGAGAAUCCAGCGCAUACCGGAUUUCACUCCCAAACUUCUGCUGGUCAGAAAGCGUCUGCUUGGAUUGGAGCCUGAAGGGCCCAUUAUUGACCACAUGACAUUACUGGAGGGUGUGAUUGUACUGGAAGAGUUCUGUAAAGAGCUAGCAGCGAUUGCAUUUGUGAAAUACCAUGCCUCAUCUACACCCUAAGCAGCCGCUUGAAGUGACUGGGCUACAAAAUCGAGUGUUUCAGUCAAAGAAGACUAUUGACUCCACCAGACAAGAAGGGAGAGAGCCUCCUAACAAAGUGUUGAUAUAAUUUGACAGUUGUUAUGGAUGGCAGUGGAGGGUGAGUUCUUGGUCACUGUUCAUGAUUUCUUGGCACUCGCUGCACUCCGAUGGAGAUGUAAUCAAAUGGACAUUGAACCCAGGAUGCAAUCAAAGGGACUUCAGGGCAGACAAAAUAUAACAUUUCCAGUCACUGUUUGAAGAGCUGAAAAAAAUGUCUGAAGACCACAAACUUCAGAACUUUGGUUACCAGGCCAUUGUUUUAACAACAUUUUAGGUGGUAAGGAUUUUUGAUAUGCUCUGGGGCUCAUAUACUUCAAUUGUCUUUUGUGAUCGUUAUUGCUUUUUAAAAUAUCAAGCUAUUUCUCUAAUGUUUUCAUGUCAUAAGCUUUUUCUGUUCAAUUGAGAAUAUGAAAGGAAAAGAGUAAAGCAGCAUGUGUAGUUACAAGUGAUACCAUCUAAAACAUUGGAGAGAGGAUUAAAAGACCUGCUAAUACAUAUGUAGUAUGAUAUGAUCCAUGUGGGAUGAAUUCUCCUUUUGUGAAUCUUCUUAUAUUGUAGUGAAUUCUGGGCUGGUGAAUUCUGAUUCAUCACUGUGUUCCAGUUUUAGACUGGUGUAACUCCUUAUAUUAGUGAAAUUAUAUUGCCAUAUGUUGGUGAAUCAGGGCCUGUAUGUAGACAACAAUCAAAUCCUAAGUAUGCAUGUUUCUAGUGCUGUGCUCUUUGUUUUUCCAAAUGGUUUCUGCUGAGUUCAGCUGUGUAACUAGACUUGCCUUAGAUUUUUGUAUGGGAGCUCCAGUUUGUUUGAUCCAUGUCAUCUUUACAAGGAUGCUAUUAUACAGGUCAUUAAUAGUAGUUGCUAAAACCAGUAUUUUUUUAAAUGCUAUUUAACAUUGGUUUAAGAAUAUUUUGUGCCUUGAAAAUUGGCAGUGAAAAUGUUGUGUUGUUUUUCAAAUGUUUUACUGCUUGUCUGAAUGUAACCAUAGUGUCCAGACGAAAGAGUGACUGAUACCGUUUUGGGCAGCAGUAUAAGGGAUGAUUCAAUACUUAGGACCAAAAUUCUCCACUGGUUUUCACAACACUGGGAUGCAAAGAUGUUCCCCAGUUCAUUCUUUGCAACAUGAAUUCUACCAGCCAGAGCAGGAAUUUCCAUUGCAGGCCAAGGGGCAUGUACGCUAGCGUACUGUGCUACUGUUCCUCCUGAAUGACUUUAGCUAGCACUUGCUGCUGACAGCAGCAUAAGCACUAGCAGGCUGGAAGGGCUGGAUGUGCUCCUUAACCUUCCUAUCACUCUUGGAGAUCUCUGUAUAGAGAACUGCCCGCCUGUUUACACAGGAGAAUACCUUCAUAUUGACACAGUAGCACAGACAGACCAAGCAGGAUUGAGCCCUUAAUGUUCAUAUUCCGUUUCUUUGUCUUUUUUAAUAUCCUGUCGGACAGUGAGUGUAAGUUUCUGAUCUCAUUUCAGUGUAAAUCUGGACUAAUUUAAUCUCAGUAGCAUUCCUCCUGAUUUCCAUGAGCGUAACUGGGAUCAGAAUCUGGCCCUCCAUGAUUUUGAUGUCUGUCUGUUUUUUUACGUUUAUGGAAUCUGGAUUUUGAACAACUCCUGAAGUUACCAGGUGCCUUGUCCAACAAAAUUGAACAUGCUCACAGUUAAUGGGCUAAAUUCACCACUUAUUCACAGCAUAAACUCCAGUGGAGGGUCCUGCUGGUGAAAAUUACAGGGCCACAGGCAGAUAGAAGUGUGGAGUACCACUCCAAAAAAGGAAAAGCAUUGCCCAAAAGUGGCUGUGGCCAGGGAGUAAGAUGAUUCACUAGCUCCCUACAGGUCCUCCCAUCAACAGAGCUCUGGCACGUCAGCUAGAAUGAAAGAUAUUCUCAAGAGUGGGUAGCGGUAGGAACCUGGGACUUAGCAGUCAUAUGCACCAGCUUUGCUGAAUGUGCCCCAAUAAUGUUUUCAUAACAAAAUAGCUUAGUAAAAUAGAGUUUAAGAAAGGGUACUUUCUCUUCAUUCCCAUUCUUUACAUGGGUAUUUGGAAAGUAGCAAGUGAUUUUGUUUUCAGUGCAAUGUGUACUACAACUGAUCCAUUUUGAGAAGCUUCAUUAAUAUAAUGUACCUGCCUGUACAUACAGUAUAAAAAAGUAUGUAUGUGUGUAGAUUUAUGUUUAGUGCAUACAUUUUUGAUAAUUUAGGCCCCGAUUCUGCAAAGCGCUGAAGCGUGAGCAUAAAGUUAAGUAUCUACUUAAGAUCCAUUUAAAAUGAGUAUGAGUUAGGAAAACACUUGGAAGUUAAGCUAGUGUUUAAGUGUUGUGCUGAACAGCAGUGGAGUUAUGCAUGGUCUUAAAUGCUUCGCUUCAUCAGGCCUUUGUUGUUUUAGCUUGAGUUUAAUUACACUUGCUGCAAAAUUUAGUCCUGUUUUCAUUAUUUAUUAAAGGAAAAAAAACCUCUGAUAUUUAGAAUACUCCUAAAGUCCCAUUCGCAAUGUAAACUGUAGCAAACAUAAUGCUAUGAAAAAUGAGAGUGAGAAAAAACAAAAUCCACAUUAGAGCAUUCCAAACAAUAUGAUCGUUAUAAAUCCAUGUAAGAGGUGCAGGAUCUCAGAUGGAGACAUGAACGUCAUUUAAUUUUUUUAAGUCAGUUGCUGCUAUUGGCGCUAAUUACACAGUAAGGGAUUGCAUCAGUUCGUUCAUGCAAGGAUACCUGCAGAGUCUGUAGUUUUUAAAUGCAAAAGGAUUUACCUAGCUAGAAGCCCAAUUAUUUAAUGCUUGAGUUGAACAAUAAGAUAUCACUAUAAAUAUUCUUAAAUUCAAGAUGUAAUUGUCUAGCAUUCAGUCUUCAGUGCAUUUAGUAGCCAUAAUGAUAUUUCGCAAACCAAAUACUAUUCAGGCCACAAAUUAUAAAAUGUUGAUCCGUCUUGAUAGUAAGUGAAGCAGUGCUCGGAAAAGCUUGAGCCCUUCUGGUUUGUAUAGGUGCUGCUUACAAUUAUUACCAUAAAUUGUGACAGUGACUUUUAUUUUUGUAAAAGCGAUGAACUCUUUCUUAAGAGAUGGAAAUAGUUUAAUUUUGUUUCUUGGUUUUCAUGCACUUUUAUUUUUAAAAGUAAAAAUUAGUUCAGCUCCAUAUUUUUACUCAUUGAAUCUAUGCAUGUCAUUGAGUUGACGUGUGUGUGUGUGUGUGUGUGUGUGUGUGUGUGGUUAUUUAUUACCCACAAGUGGACACCUGAGAAACAUGGCCUGAUACUCAGAAGUUCAGAGCACCCGCAAAUCUUUCCAGUGUCAAUGGGAACUGCAGGUGUUGAUCACCUUUGAAAAAUAUGGCUAAGAGUAUUAUUUUGAAAUAUUUGAGGGGAAAAUACGGGGAUAAUUUUGGUUAAGUAAGUAAAUUCAAACUGCAUUUUUACCCUGAUGCACAGUUUUUGUAAAUAAGGACACAUUUUUAUUUUUCUGCCAUUUAUUGUAUGUAUUGAUUUAGACUCUGAUGUAGAAACUUUUGUAAUAAGCAACAUGCUACAUCUGCUAGAACAGAAGUUUGUCCUUAGUUUAUUUCCAUUAUGAUUGUAAUCUUCCUAGUAUUCAAAUCUUGUCUGUGUAAUGUUCGUAUAAUGUAUUCAUUCGUGCAAUAUGGGAGCUGUGAUUUGAUACACAGCUUCAGUCUGGUUGUACAUCACCUAUGUAGCUAUAAGGACUGAAAUCCUCAGCUUGCUUACACUAUUGCUAGUGUAAAGAUUGUUACACUUGAUUUUACAGGGCACAAGUAAUCAUGGAAUUGCUUUGUAAAUACAUGGUAAUUUCUUACCAUGCAUUGCUGUAUGAAUACACAGUUACUAUUCAAUUAUGAAGUACAUCAUUAUUUGUCUUUAGAGAAAUGUUACAAUGAAGUACUAUGUAAAAUCUACAGUUGCAUGGUAUUUCAGGUUGUAUGAUAAAUCCAAACAUAUAUAUGAUAUCAUACAGGGCUUUCCAACCAUGAUGACAAAUAAUAUUUUCUGUGCCCUGUAAAAUAAUUACUCUCUAUAUAUACACUUUUUUGUUUUGCCUCCUGCCUUGUUUACAUUAAACAGAGGAUAUUCAGUAAACUUUUUUAUUGAACUUUAUGUCGGUCACUGACUGACAGUGUUGCCAAUGUUUAGCAGACAUGGGAUAUGCAACAAAGGAACUGUUGAAACAGCCACACUUCUAUAAUUAAAGUACUAACUUUUACAAAGGAGGCGCUGAUCAAAUUCAAUUUUUGUGCAAAAAAUGCAUGCAGGAUUAAAAGGGAUAUUCUAAAAAUAAAUUAAUUUCAAUGAAGUGA